AUGGCGUGCAUCCUGCUAGCGGCAACAGUUCCUGAUUCGGGAGAAAGGGAGCGCCAGCUGCAUCGCCUAGCGGCUAAAGGGUCUCAAUAUUCAGUUUUGCUGGAGCCCCAAGGGAAAGUGGCCGGAAAGACUUCAUGGGUGCAGGGGGCCACUGGGAUGAAACAAUAUCAAUGGACUACCCGAAGAUCGGUGGAUUUGGGCGCGGGCCGGGUAUCCCACUCCUUUAUGGUCAUCCCAGAAUGCCCCUUCCCACUGUUGGGAAGAGACUUAAUAACCAUGAUGGGAGCUCAAAUUCACUUCCUCCCAGGAGAAACUAAAAUACUUAAUCAGACGGGCAGUCCAAUUCAAGUACUGAUGAUUCAAUUAGAGGAUGAAUAUCGGCUGCACCAAAACCCGACUCUUCCCCAAACGGACAUCCAGGAGUGGCUAGAUGAAUUCCCUGAAGCAUGGGCCGAGACAGGGGGAACAGGCUUGGCUAGGCACCGCCCUCCUAUAUAUAUAGAUCUCAAGCCAGGGGCUGAUCCUGUCCGAGUCAUACAAUAUCUUAUGACCUUAGAGGCCCGACAGGGAAUUACCCCCCAUAUCUGCAGGCUCCUAGCCCAGAAAAUCUUGAGACCCUGUCAGUCGGCAUGGAACACUCCCCUGCUCCCUGUUAAAAAAACUUCUCAUGACUAUCGGCCAGUACAGGACCUGUGGGAAGUUAACCGCCGAGUUCUAGAUAUUCAUCCUAUGGUGCCAAACCCAUACAACUUCUUGAGCUCGCUCCCGCCAGAUCAUCGCUGGUAUACAGUCCUAGAUCUAAAAGACGCUUUCUUUAGUCUAUCCCUGGCACCCAAGAGCCAGGAGCUUUUCACCUUUGAGUGGUCCGACCUGGAAGAGGGGAUCAACGGACAGCUGACCUGGACGCGACUGCCACAGGGAUUUAAAAAUUAUCCCACCAUCUUCAAUGAGGCCCUCCAUGAAGACCUGGGUGAGUUUAGACAACAGUACCCCCAACUAACCUUGUUGCAAUACGUAGAUGACCUCUUAAUUGCAGCAAAAGACCAACAGACUUGCCUCAUGGGCACCCAAGAACUAUUGCAGACCGUUGGAAAAUUAGGGUACCGAGCCUCAGCCAAAAAGGCUCAUAUAUGCCAACCAGAGGUCACCUACUUAGGGUAUGUGUUAAAAGGGCAGAGGUGGCUGUCAGAGGCACGAAAGGAGACGGUACUCAAAAUACCAACCCCAGACUCACCUCGAAGGGUGAGAGAAUUCUUGGGGUCUGCUGACUUCUGCCAUCUUUUGAUUCCAAACUAUGUGGAACUGGCUAAACCCUUAUAUGAAGCCACCAAAAGUACCACCCCUUUCAGCUGGACAGAGCAGAUGGAGGCCGCCUUCAAAACUAUUAAGACGGCUCUGCUGUCAGCCCCCGCCCUAGGGUUGCCUGACGUCACGAAACCCUUUCUACUGAAUGUGGGUGAAAAACGAGGAGUAGCAAAAGGGGUGCUGACGCAGCAUCUGGGACCUUGGGAACGGCCAGUGGCCUGCUUGUCUAAACGCCUAGACCCCGAAGCAUCAGGGCCCCCAUGCCCCCGCACGAUUGCCGCCGUGGCCCUAAUGGUCAAAGAUGCAGACAAACUGACACUAGGGCAGGGGUUACAUAUCACCGCCCCCCAUGCCAUUGAGGGCACACUGAAACAACCCCCAGAUAGAUGGAUCAGCAACGCUCGGCUGACCCACUACCAGGGACUAGUGCUAAACCCCUCCAGAAUCAUCUUUCUACCGCCUAGGGCUCUCAAUCCGGCUACCUUGCUUCCUAACCCCGACUUGGAAGCCCCCAUCCAUGACUGCAGCGACAUACUAGCCCAGGUGCGUGGGACGCGAGAGGACUUGCAAGAUCGCCCCCUGGCGGAUGCUGAGGUCACCUGGUAUACGGUCGAGAGCAGUUUUGUUCGAGCUGUACUCAGGUAUGCCAGGGCGGCCGUAACCAGGGAAACCCAAAUUGUGUGGGCAGAAGCACUACCUCCGGGUACUUCAGCUCAAAGGUCUGAACUAAUCACCCUAAUAAAAGCCCUCCAGUUGGGAAAGGACAAAAUGCUUAACAUCAUUACCUAUAGCCAAUAUGCCUUUGCUACUGCCCACAUACACGGAGCCAUCUACAGAGAGAGGGGACUCCUCACGGCCGAGGGUAAGACGAUUAAAAACAAAGAAGAAAUAAAAGCUCUCCUCUCAGCAUUAUGGCUUCCUAAAAAACUAGCCAUAAUACACUGCCUGGAGCACCAGAAGCCAGACACCCCAAUCUCAAGGGGAAGCAACUUGGCGGACAGGGCAGCCAGGGAUGCAGCCCAGAAUACUGUGAUAGAGGCCACUCUUCAGCUGCCUGACCCUGGGAGCCCUAUUCUCUCUCUAAUCCUCCCAGAAGAACUAGGAAAACAAGUAUUACUAAAAAUGCAUUGUGCCACUCAUCUGGGAACCCGCAAGAUGCAAGACCUGAUUAGACAUGCCAAGAUUAUCAUGAAAGAUGUCAGGACGAUAAUAGGAGACAUCGUAUCAAACUUCAAAGCAUGCCAGCUCACGAAUGCUGUCCCUCAUCCAGCCAACCAAGGAAUUAGAGAACGGGGGACAAGACCAGGAGCUUACUGGGAGGUGGACUUCACUGAGGUAAAACCGGGUAAAUAUGGAUACAAAUACCUGUUGGUGUUCAUAGAUACCUUCUCAGGGUGGGUAGAAGCUUUCCCCACCAAGAGAGAAAUGGCACAGGUGGUGGCCAAAAAGCUGAUUGAAGACAUCUUGCCACGGUUUGGGUUUCCGGCACAGGUGGGGUCAGAUAAUGGGCCAGCCUUCGUGUCUCAGGUAAGCCAGGGGGUAGCCUGGGCUUUGGGGGCUAGAUGGAAGCUGCACUGUGCCUAUAGGCCCCAGAGCUCAGGGCAAGUGGAAAGGAUGAAUAGGGCGCUUAAAGAGACAUUAACAAAACUAGUUGCUGAGACUGGCGGGGACUGGGUGGCUCUCCUCCCCUUUGCCCUGUACUGGGUGCAGAACUCACCCUACCAACUGGGACUCACCCCUUUUGAAAUCGUGUAUGGGAUACCUCCCCCAAUAAUCCCUAACCUAAAGGCAGAAGUGUUAAAAGAAAUAGAUGAUCAGAAGUUGCUUUUUUGUCUCUGGUCCUUACAAUACUCCCACAGGGACACAUGGAAGAGGCUCAAAGUGCUAUAUGAAUCAGGCCCUCCACCUGAACCUCACUGCUACCGGCCAGGAGACUGGGUGUACAUGUUCCAUCAUCGCCAAGAGAUCCUAGAACCUAGGUGGAAGGGACCCUUCCUUGUCGUCUUGACGACACCAACUGCUCUCAAAGUUGAUGGCAUCUCUUCUUGGGUCCACUACCCCCACACACGGCCUGCGGACCUGUUCGCCUUACGAGAAGAGUUCCUCCCCCAGUGGAAGGCCUAAUUGGACAAAACUAACCCCCUCAAGCUAAAACUUCGAAGACAACAAAAGCCGUGUUUAUUGAACAAGUUAAUGACCUUCAUCAAGGGCUGCAUCAACACGGUGCAGCUUAUGGUGCUCAGGUCCCAAUAUACAGCUCUGCCAGCGGCCCCCUUAGCGGAAGAAAAUAUAGAGCUGCUUAGACCCAUGAUAGAUAGACCCAUGAUUGGGUCUGUCCUGGGUCCUUGA